UCUGUUUAUGUUCAAUUCUUGUUUGGAAACAGUUACAACAACAUCUCUCUCCCUCUUUCUUUCUCUCUCUCAACGAGUUUACUGAGUUUCGAUCUGAUUGUUGUUUAAAUUGUUAAAUGAUUAACUGUUAAAGAUGAUUUUAUGUGUGGAUAAGUGAAUUAAUCUAUUUGAACAGUUUUUCUUCAAUUGUGUUAAUUUGUUGGGCAGAUGAAAAUGUCAUGAGAUUUUCUUUCUCAUUUUCUAAGUGACGGUGAUUUGUUGGGGAGAAAAGAAUUUCGAAUGGCAUAGAGAAAGAGAAAAUUUGACUCAAAGAAUAGAAAAAAAAAUUACAAUCGAACAUUGUGAUGAACAAAUAAUUGUUUUUCUCCUUCUACAUUGUUUUAUCUUCUUCUUACUCUUUUAUUUUAUUUUUUAUUCUUUUCUUUGACAUUUAUUAUUAUCCUUUUUUUUCAAUUUUCUUCCAUUUCCAAGUAAAUAAUAUAUUACAGUUUCUUCGUCUCUCUCUCUCUCUUUAUUUCUCUUUGCGAGAAAGUGGAGAAAAUCACAGAGAAAAAUCAAGAAAAAAAAGAGACAAAGUUCUCUCUUUUCUCCCUGGUUUCCAUUCUUGGUCCUCUCAUCGGAAGAAUCAUCAUCAAUAUUAACUAAUCGACAUCAUCAACAUCAUCCAUUACUCACAAUUUAUAUUCUUGUGACUCUUCAAAACUCUCAUCGUCUUCUUAUCAUCAAUAAUCUUCUUCUUUUUCUAUUAAUCAACAAUAGAUAAAUUUAUAAAACCAGUGAAUGUACAACUUGUCCAGAAGAAAAAGAGAUCAACAUUAAUCCAAUUUGAAAAUCUUUUUCUCUUCUCUUUAUUUUUCAUUCUGGUUAACUUACCCCAAUACAUUUUCUCCAGCAGUGGUUUGGACAAGUGAGAGAAAAUAAAAUCUCGACACUAAUUACAUUCGUUUUAAUUGAUUUAUAACCUGAUCCAAAGAGUAAUAAGUAUAGUAUCUCUCUCUCUCUCUCUGUCUCUUAAUCAUCUCUUCAAAUCAUCAUGUGUUUUUAGUGCUUUAUCAUCAUCCCAAUCUUCAACUUUAAUUCUUCAUUCUCUCGAUUUAUUUUAUAAUCUCUAAUCAUCAUAACCUUCAAAUCCAAUCAACAAUUUUUUUUUCUCCACUGAUUUUCUUGUGUAUUUGUUGUUAUCAACUUUAGCCAAUGGCAACAGGAUAUAUGCUAUUAGAUACAAUUAUUGUUAUAUUGUCACAGUUUGAUAAAACAGAGAGAGAAAGAGAGGGGAUGACGAGAGAGAGUAAAGCAAAAAGUUUAAGUGGAUUUAUCUUCUCUCUUAUCUUAUUAACUGUCUCUCUCUCUCACUUUUCUUCUCCAUUUCUGUGAUUUCUUUUUCAUCAUCAUCAACCGAUUAUUAAAUCAUCAUCGUUCUCCAUUUCUAUUACAGCUUCUCUACUCUGUCUAGUUAUUUUUUUCUUCUUUUCGAUUGAUGAUUAAUCCACAGUUUGAUGAUCUUCUAUUGUCUUCAAGUUGAUAAUGUACCUGAAUUUAUAUGUCACACAUAAUUAUUACCAAUAGUGAUUGAUUCAUCUGCUUUUCUUUGCUCAGUUUUGAUUACGAACACAAAUCAUCUUCAUUAAUUCAUCUUAUUGAUCGUUGAAAACCAAAGUGAACACUUUCAAUUUAAACUCGUUCUUUAACUGGAACAAUAAAAACUAUCAUCACCCAACACCCAAAGUUCAACAAUUUAACCCUCAUCAUCUCAAGAAAAUCGAACGAGUUUUUUUUUGGUUCUAUGAGCUUAACUGUUUAAUCAAGUCCAGCCAUAAACUUUGAUGACCAGUCUAAAAAGAUUAAUCAAUCUGAUUACCUAAAAGCAAAAUUAAUCAUUACAAAGUACAAUUAUCAUCCCCAAUCACAACCCGUUUACUUGGCCGAGAGAGAGAGAGAAUAAUAAAUUUCAAAAGGACCAAAAGGAGAAUUAAAAUUCUUAAUGAGAAAUGAAACUUCGCGGUGGUCAUCGACUUAAAAUAAUCUAUUUCAGUGUAUUACUCGCACUGAUACCCGCCUUAACCAUAUUGGUACUUUUCACUGGUGAUAUUACCAAUGAUCGAUCAAUAUCAGGACCGUCUAAAGAAGCCAUAUUACAACAACAGCUGAUUGAACUGAAAGAGAAAUUAAAUCACGUUGAGAUGCUCAAUCAACAGCGUAAAAUUGAGGUUAACUAUUUAAGGGAAACAAUGAGAGCCGUUUCAUCAAAUGAUAGUAAAUGGUUUGAUUCAUCAUCAUCUUUUAGAGAAUCAAUCAAUAAUCUUGGUGGUAACAGUAAUGGAGGUGGUUUUGGAAUCGCUGGUUCCAAUAUUGGAUUAGACAUUCCCUUUCAAGGUCGCUCAGUUUCAUCUGAUCAAAUUGAACUACCCACCCUAGUCCACUUUUUACCCCAUCUACUAAAAUCUUCUGACCCAUUGACCCCUGCUUUCCGUCGAGCCUCAUCUCGUUAUCCCAAUGGUCGGCCUGGAGUUACCUGUGUCCUUGGUAUACCAACAGUGAGACGACCCGUUCAAUCAUAUCUUGUACAAACAAUUCGUAAUCUAAUUAACAACCUUAAUCCAGCAGAAAGAGAGGAAACAUUAAUUGUUGUCUUCAUUGCUGAGACUGAUCUCAAUUACGUUAAAUCACAAGUCAUUGAAUUGGAAGGUGAAUUCAGUGAAUUCCUUGAUUCCGGAUUAUUGGAAAUAAUUUCACCUUCUCCUGCCUAUUAUCCUGAUUUUAAUAAUACCCUUAAGCAAACCUUAGGUGACCCAAUGGACCGAGUUAAGUGGCGAUCAAAACAAAAUCUAGACUUUGCCUACCUGAUGAUGUAUUGCCAAUCAAAGGGGGUUUAUUAUGUUCAAUUAGAAGAUGAUAUUAUUACAGAACCGGGUUUCUUGAGUAAAAUGAAAAACUCUGCCCUUAAACAUACCGCUGAACGUAAAGAUUGGUUCAUCAUUGAUUUCUGUUCCCUUGGAUUUAUCGGUAAAAUGGUCAAGGCGGUUGACCUUCCUUUUCUAAUAAUCUUUUUCAUCAUGUUCCAUAACGAUAAACCUGUGGAUUGGUUACUCUUUUCAAUUGGUAAUGUUCGUUAUUGUCGAACCGAUGGAACAGAGAAACAAUGUCGCCAGGCCAUCUCUCGACAUUGGAUACAACAUUGGCCUUCACUAUUCCAACAUAUUGGAACCCAUUCAUCGCUCAAAGGAAAGAUUCAAAAAUUGAAGGAAAAAAGUUUCGGUAAAGUUUCCGGUUACUCGCCUCAUACCGAUAAUCCAUCGGCAACCAUAACUUCAACCGUUCAACAUUAUAAAACGUUCACACUUCAAGGUGCCUAUGAGGGUUAUACCUACUUUUGGGGUAUCUCACCGAAAGCUGGAGAUUAUAUAUUAAUUGAAUUCACUGAUCCAAUUGUUAUUGAUAAAUUUUUCAUUCGAACCUCUAAUUAUGAACAUCCGGAGGAUAAAUUUUACAAUGCAACCGUAGAGGUUAAACCUAUUUUCAAAUUGUUACCCCCACCUCCGGAUAUCACAAUAACCACAUCAUCAUCUCAGCAACAAUAUCCUUUCCCCUCUUACCAAUCAUCAUCUCCACCAUCAUCUCAAUUUCAAAAAUCGUUACCAUUUUUAUCAUCUUCAUUGUUAAUGUCAUUACAACCUUCAUCUUUAUCAUCAUCUCGUCCAUUCACUGAACAACAACAACAGCAACAAGCAUCCUCAUCAUCAUCAUCUUCUGAUGUUGCAGGUCAACCAAUAUUAUUAACUAAUCAAUAUAAUCGGACAUCCGAUGGUUUUGUGAUUGUUGGUGAAUUUAAAUUAUCUUCAGGAAUCGCUGAAGGUUCUUGUAGUCAUUUAGGUGCUGUUAAGAUGCUCCGAAUUAAUUGUCACGUUAAUUCCAAUAAAUGGGUUUUAAUUAACGAGAUUUACAUCAAGCCAAAGCUAAAGUGAAAAAGGCCUUAAACUUUAAACCUGAUGAAUAUAAUACGAUUAUAAUACAAAAAAGUUACCAAAAAAAAUCACCUAAAAAUAUAUAAAUUAAUUGAUUAAGAUUGUUGAUAUAUUUCUGUUUCGAUGAUAAUUUGAUGAAAUUGUUUUUCUUUUACAAUUAAAAACAAAAUCAAUGAGAAA